AGGAACGGGGAAAAAUUCCAAUAAUUAUAUUAUUCAUGCAUGUGCUUGAUCAGUGUCAUUGUAAAGUUCUAAUAGAAGCAGGCAGAUUGAUGUCCAAUGCUCUGACUACUGCAAUUGCCUUGAAAUUACUUGGAAUUUAAAAAUAAUGGCUUAUAGAAAGAUAACUAGAAUGUAUUCUAUGAGCAUGAGGAGCUGCAUGAGCACACCUCUGGCAUGCCAAAGAGGACGCCAACUUGCCACAAUGGUGCCACCAACCUACACAAAUGAUGGCUGCAGGCUGGUGCAACCUCGCAGUCUGGUCCAUCAAUCUGUGCGUAGCAUGUUCAUCCAAGUGCACGACACACCCAACCCCAACUCCCUCAAGUUCAUCCCAGGAGUGCAGGUUUUGGAGAGCGGGACUGCAGACUUCGCCAACUCCGAGAGUGCAAAACAGUCUCCCCUUGCCAAGCUGCUCUUCAGGAUACCAGGAGUGCGAGGUGUAUUCUUUGCACAGGAUUUUAUCACAUUGACCAAGGCAGAUGAUGAAGAUGCAGACUGGCGCACCAUCAAGGCAGAGGCGUUCGCUGUAAUAAUGGACUUUUUUGCUUCUGGUCUGCCUGUAGUGCACGAGGGCUCUACUGGAGGGGCAGAACACAGCGGCAGCAGCGACGCUGACGAAGAGACCGUAGCCAUGAUACAGGAGCUGCUGGACACCCGCAUCCGCCCCACGGUGCAGGAGGACGGCGGCGACAUCCUCUACAGGGGCUUCAGGGACGGCAUAGUUUACCUGAGGAUGAUGGGCUCAUGCACCAAUUGUCCUUCUUCUGUCGUCACGCUCAAGAAUGGAGUUCAGAAUAUGAUGCAGUUUUACAUACCCGAGGUGUUGGCAGUGGAAGAAGUCAAGGACCAAGAAGAUUUGCUUGCCCAAGAGGAAUUUGAAAAAUUUGUUAAGACUGUUGAGCCACACCCGGGCAAAGAGUGAGCUUUUCUCUGUAGUCAUAUAAAUUCUUUUAUUUUAUUACGUGCGUAUUAAAUAGAACUUUAUUGGGGUAAUCGCGCUGUGAUUCUGCAUGGAUUUGUCGCCUACAAGCUGGUGAACCGCAAGAAGACAUGGAGUGGGACAACUGAGCGUAGAGGGGAUCAACUGAGCAUAGAGUGGGAUAACUGAGCAUAGAGUGGGCCAACUGAUCGUAGAGUGGGAGAACAGCGUCGAGUGGGACAAUGAGCAGUGAAAUAGCGUAGAAUGGGAUCGCUGAGGGUAGAGUGGGAUAAGUGACCAUAUCGAUUGGUGGAUUGAGAGUGGGUGAACUGAGAAUCAAAAUUCCUCAAAUCAACAAAUGCGCUUUUGAGGACAUGAGGAAGCUCUAGCUCUGUAAGUAUUCGUGUAUUGCAAUUUCCCGUGUACAUUUGACGAGUUGAAAAGGAAGCCGCAGAGUAAAUAGCAAAAAUACUUAUUAUUGUGAGGUUUCUCUCUGCUGCGGUUCGUCUUGGCUCUGAAGUUCGUUCUAAGGAAUCAUUGUUAAAAUGUUUUUAGUAAUAUAUUUAACCCGUGUUUU